UUCUCCACCGGUUCUCGCCGCCGCCAUGGAGGAGCAGAAAGAGAACCUCCCGCAGGCCGCCCGGGAUGAGGCGGCGGCUGUUCCCGCAGCCUGCCCGCCGGGUAGGCAGCAUUAUAGGAUCAGUGAUCAAGAAACUAAUGGCAGAACCUCAGCUGCCAGUUCAAACGACUUCAGUGAUCCAAUUUACAAAGAAAUUGCUAUAACCAAUGGUUAUAUCAACAGAAUGACCAGAGAAGAGCUCAGAAGUAAACUCGCAGAGUUCAAGCUUGAAACCAGAGGAGUGAAAGAUGUAUUGAAAAAGAGAUUGAAAAACUAUUACAAGAAACAGAAGCUGAUGCAGAAGGAAUACAUCAAUGGAGACAGCUGCUAUGACUACAUAUGUGUUGUUGACUUCGAAGCAACAUGUGAAGAAGGAAACCCACCUGAAUUUGUACAUGAAAUAAUUGAAUUUCCUGUUGUGUUAGUAAAUACGCAUACCCUGGAAAUAGAGGACACCUUUCAGCAAUACGUGAAGCCAGAGAUUAAUCCCAAGCUUUCAGACUUCUGCAUCAGUCUGACAGGAAUAACCCAGGACAUUGUUGAUAAAGCUGAUAUUUUUCCUCAAGUUCUGCAGAAUGUCAUAGAGUGGAUGAGACAACGAGAACUGGGAACAAAGUAUAGCUAUUCCAUGUUGACCGAUGGAUCUUGGGAUAUGAGUAAAUUUUUGAACACCCAGUGCCGUAUUAGCCGUAUCAAAUACCCUUCUUUUGCCAAAAAGUGGAUCAAUAUUCGCAAAUCAUAUGGGAACUUCUACAAGGUUCCUAGGAACCAGACCAAGCUGACAAUCAUGCUUGAAAAUCUGGGCAUGAAUUAUGAUGGGAGACCUCACAGUGGACUUGAUGACUCUAAAAACAUUGCAAGGAUAGCUAUAAGGAUGCUGCAGGAUGGCUGUGACCUGCGGGUGAAUGAGAGAAUUCAUGGUGGACAGCUGAUAACAGUUUCCUCCUCAGUCCCCUUAGAGGGAGCCCCUGCUCCACAGAUGCCCCGCUACAGAAACUAGAAGUUCAUGGUUCUGUCUCAAGCGCUGCCCUCAGAUACCCGGUAAAGACUCCAAAGUUUAUUAAAUGGCCACUUCUGCCAGCAUGUCUGCCAUGUAGAAUCCUAAAGCACCUUAACUAAUCAUCUCUGUUGAAAUGAAGAGGAGCAUGGAAGCCGUUUGUUCUUUGAAGCCUCUUACAGUAAUGUCUUUUUUUACUGAUGACUUCUCUUGUUUCCAACUUUGCUAGCAGUGAAGUUGGUAUCUGGAAUCCAGACAAAGUGUUAAGCUUUUAAGAAUGUGUAAUUUGAACACCUACUAAGAGGGAUUUGGCCUGGGUGCUGCUGUUCUGCCCCAGCCUGGGGCAGUGUUUGUUUGCUGUGAUGUACUCCAGUGAUAUCUGCUUAUUCUUUGCACACCAAUAAGCCAUUCCUGGAAGAACUGAAAGAGCAGUGGUUGGACUAGCCCUUCCUGAUAAGGCACUCUGCUAAGGGUUCCAUUUGGGUUUUUUUUGUUUUUUUUUAAAAAAUCUAGGAGAAGUGGAUGCGCAUUCAUCAGUUCUAAAGCAGUAGAGGAGUACUCUGUUGUUUUGGGUUUUUCUUUAAGGGGAUAUGUUUGUCUCCUUCCCCAUCAAAUGAAAGAGCUGGGUGUUGAAUAAAGAUUUCAUUAAUGUA